AUGGGUGCCAAAGAGAAUGGAGAAGAGAGAGAUGAUCAUUCAAGUGAUGUGGAAAGAGAUGGUAAACAAGGGAAGGAAACUGAAUCAGACUAUGAACCAGCUAGAAAUUCCCUUUCAUCGCCAGGUGAGGCUACCAGUAACGAAGACACUAAAGUGAAAAGAGUCUCAAGAGUUCCAAAGAAGCUAGCAAGGAAAGUGUCAAAGGAAAACAGCCCACGCUCAGCAAGAAGCAUUUCCAAUCGUCAAAUCCACACCAAGCUGCAGCUUAUAUCGUCAAACAGUAGCCAGAACAAAUCGCCAAAAACAAACAAAACAGCUAAUGGUGCUAAAACUGUUGAAAUGAAGAAGCCAGAGACUCCGAAAGCUCCUUCUUGUUCUUCAUCCGAGAUGUCUGAGGAAACAGAUGACAAAGCUAUUGAGGAUAGACCCAUAGAUGAUAAAGCAGUUGAGGGCAGAAUCAAGGAUGAUAGUGCUGUUGAAGGCGGAGCCACCGAUGAUAAAGCCAUUGAGGAUAUAGCUAAGAAUGAUAAGGACAUUGAGGAUGGAAUGAAGGAUGAUAAGGCCAUUGAAUGUGAAGUCACUGAUGAUAAACCUAUUGAGGGCAAAGUAAUUGAUGGUAUUGCCAUUGAGGGCAGAGAGAUUGAAGGUAAAGCCAUUGAAGAGGCAAAGGAGAUUGAUAUAUUGGAUGAAGCUCCAAAAUGUGAUCAGAGUACUGGCACUGAUGAUGAAAUUGCUGAUACUGAAGAAAACAUAGCUGAUAAUGGCAACUCAGUUUCAUAUGAAAAUAACGAGGAAUUAUAUUCAAAAAUUGAGAAGUUGGAGCAGGAGCUACGUGAAGUUGCUGCCCUCGAGGUUUCUCUCUACUCUGUGGUGCCAGAGCAUGGUUGUUCAUCACAUAAGUUGCAUACACCAGCUCGCCGUCUAUCUAGGAUUUACAUUCAUGCAUCAAAAUUUUGGUCCUCAGUUAAGAAAUCUUCAGUCGCAAGAAAUUCAGUUUCUGGGCUUGUGCUUGUUGCAAAGUCUUGUGGCAAUGAUGUUUCAAGGUUGACAUUUUGGCUAUCGAACACUGUUGUCCUGAGAGAAAUCAUUGCACAAACAUUUGGUUCUUCACGACACUCAAGUCCAGUUAAGCUUUUCAACACAAAUGGUGCAAAGAAGCCUGACAGGAGUUCCGCUCCAACGCGAUGGAAAAGUAACUACAGUGGCAAGUAUGCGAAACGCAAUAUCAUGCAGGUGCCAGAUGAUUGGCGUGAAACUAGCACACUGCUGGAUGCAUUGGAGAAGAUCGAAUCUUGGAUCUUUUCUCGGAUUGUCGAGUCUGUGUGGUGGCAGGCAAUGACACCCCACAUGCAAACCCCUGUAGAAGAUUUGUCAACUCCAAAGAUUGAGAGGUCGUUAGGGCAUUCUUUGGGUGAUCAGCAACAUGGAAGUUUUUCUAUUGAUAUCUGGAAAACUGCAUUUCAUGAUGCAUUCAGCAGAAUCUGUCCUCUUCGUGCUGGUGGACAUGAGUGUGGAUGUUUACCGGUGUUGGCAAAAUUGGUGAUGGAGCACUGCAUAGCCCGUUUAGAUAUUGCUAUGUUUAAUGCCAUCCUUCGUGAAUCAGAGAAUGAGAUACCCACGGAUCCUAUAUCUGACCCAAUUGUGGACUCAAGAGUUCUGCCGAUUCUAGCUGGGGACUUAAGCUUUGGAUCAGGCGCACAGCUCAAGAACUCUGUUGGGAAUUGGUCCAGAUGGUUGACUGAUACGUUUGGCAUGGAUGCUGCUGAAUCUGAAAAGGAUGGUCAAGAUGUGGAAAUUAAUGGUGAUGACAGAAGAGAUGCAGCAGAAUCAACUUGUUUUAAGCUACUUAAUGAGUUGAGUGAUCUUUUGAUGCUCCCGAAGGACAUGCUUCUCGAGAAAACCAUUAGGAAAGAGGUCUGCCCAUCCAUUGGCCUUCCACUAGUAACAAGAAUACUCUGCAACUUCACUCCUGACGAGUUCUGCCCUGAUCCUGUUCCUGGCAUGGUUCUAGAGGAGCUGAAUUCUGAGAGCUUGCUGGAGCGAUUCACAGAGAAAGACAUGAUCAGCACAUUCCCAGUCACCGCUGCUCCAGUGGUGUACUGCCCACCUACACUGGAGGACGUCGCGGAGAAAGUGUCUGACACGGCUUGUGGCAAUCCAGAGCUGGACCGGAGGGGAUCAAUGGUGCAGAGGAGAGGGUACACCAGCGAUGACGAUCUGGAUGACCUGGAGCUCCCCCUGGCAUCCCUGUACGACAAGAGCAAUCCCCCCUCCCCGUGCAACAAUGGUGUCACGCAUUUCAGCACUCGGCAGGGAGCCUCCAUGGAGAAUGUCAGACACGACCUCCUGCGAGAAGUAUGGUCCGAGCGGCGAUGA